GUCCGCCAUGCUAGACACCCUCGGCCCUCGCGCUCUCUGCACUCUUACUGCUCCACGCGACCGAUGGAUCACAACCUGCUCGUGUCUGACCCUAUGCGACUCUACCGCGCCAAGCGCGACAGCGCUCGCAAGCGGGUAACGGACAAGUACACCAUCCUCGGCUUCAUCUCCUCCGGGACGUAUGGCAGAGUCUACAAGGCGCAGAGCAAGGACGUCGACGGGCGAAUACAUGCCAUCAAGAAGUUCAAGCCCGACAAGGAGGGAGACGUCGUGACGUAUACCGGCAUCAGCCAAAGUGCAAUUCGUGAGAUCGCCUUGAACAGGGAGAUCACGCACGAAAACGUCGUUGCGCUCAAGGAAGUCAUUCUGGAAGACAAGUCUAUCUACAUGGUGUUCGAGUAUGCCGAGCACGACUUUUUGCAAGUUAUACACCACCACUCGCAAACGUUGCGGCAGUCCAUCUCGGUGGCGGUUCUCAAGUCGCUGACGUACCAGCUGUUGAACGGCCUGUUGUACCUGCAUGAUGCACACAUCAUUCAUCGCGACCUCAAGCCGGCGAACAUCUUGAUCACCUCGUCCGGCGUGGUCAAGAUCGGGGACCUGGGUCUGGCACGGCUGACCCAUCAGCCUCUCAUGCCGCUGGUGGCGGGCGACAAGGUGGUGGUGACGAUCUGGUAUCGCGCGCCGGAGCUGCUGCUCGGUGCGAAACAUUACAACAAGGCGGUGGACAUCUGGGCGGUGGGAUGUGUGAUGGCGGAGUUGGCGAGCCUGCGUCCGAUAUUCAAGGGAGAGGAGGCGAAGCUGGACUCGAAAAAGAACGUGCCGUUCCAGAAGGACCAGUUGCUGAAGAUUUUCGAGAUAUUGGGCACGCCGUCAGAACGCGAGUGGCCAAAGGUCAAGGACCUUCCGGAAUACGACGGCAUGAAGCGUUUAGACCAUUACAGCAACCGGUUGCAAGAGUGGUGUCAGUCUCGGAUGCCUAAUGGGGCGCAGCUGUUGAAAGAGCUGUUUGCGUACGAUCCAGACAAGCGGCUGACGGCGGGGGAGGCGCUGCAGCACCGGUGGUUCCGAGAGGAACCGUUGCCUACUCGAAACGCGUUCGUAUCGCUGUCGGCUGAGCGUGUGCCGCCGCACCGGCGGAUUACGCAGGACGACGCGCCGUCGAUGAUGCCACUGGGGGCGGGGGGGUCUCAUGUGCAGGGGCAGGUGUCGCAGAUGCAGGCGACUGCGCAGGCACAUCUGUCUCAGCAGCUGUCGCACUCGCACUCGAACCAGUCGGGGAAGGCAGGGAGUGCGGCGAGCUUUGCUAGUGUGAGCGGAGGGGGAGGGCCGUCGCGGAAGAAGGCGAGGCUGGGGUAGAUUGAAUAUUACAGUAUAGCAUAUGCACACCGCCAUCUUUGCUGUAGGAGGCCGAGUGUGCGAGUGUAAGGACCCAUAUAUAUGUAAGG